AUGGAGUCCUGGAACGAUGACAGUAAUGGAAAGAAGAGAUACUACGACAUGAUCGAAGAGAUAUGGAAGCUUGAAUACUCAGGAGAGUACAAGAUGGCGAUGUUCCAUGUAAGAUGGGCGAAGUGUGUUGAAAUUGGAGACCACACCGACACUGAGCAGUACGAGCAGGAGUUCGAGUACCACCAUGAGGAGGAUAUCGCCUGUACCACUACCGCUGAUCUAACAGAUGACCCAUGCAGGCCCCCACUUCACUCUUGUGAAGCUAUAGCUUCUUCUGUCGACUUGGCCGUGGAGCGUGCAGUGUACCUCUAUGCCACUGUGCAGCGCAAGGACUACACCUGCUUCGAGACUUUGCCUUUCCGCUACUGCCAGGACCGUCUGACACAGGCUCUCCUCUACGAGCUGGACGCCGUCCACGAGCAGCUCUGGCGGACACGUCAGCACCUUGCAGCUUACACCACCCUUCAGCCGUACGAUCUCACCUACCCUCGGAGCUUGCAGUUCUCGCCUGGUUGUGCUCCUCCUGAUGUUGGUGGAUAUGUUCCAGACCGUAGGCUACUUCUCUCAGUUGACCCGCAUCACACAGGGCCGCUCUUGAUGGUGAGAGCUCCACCACCACCCCCUCCUCCGCAGCUGGGGCAAGCCCUGUUGCAGAUGACUCAGCUGUUGGACGACUGGGUGCGCGAUGUCAACCGUAUGCUCAUCACAGCACGAGUUGCCCAGGGAGACAAAGUGUGGUUUGGGACUCACCUACUGAAAGGAGGGUCCGCUGCAUGGUGGGAGAACUUCCUCGAGAUGCGUCCCCCGAAUGCUGACCUCACUUGGGAAGAGGUUGUGGAAGCCUUCAGAAGCCACCAUAUCCCAGAAGGACUCAUGGACAUGAUGAAGGAAAACUUCUAUCUGGUCCAGGGCAACAAGGAUGUAAUGGGGCACAGCAUCGAGUUCGCUAGCCUGGCCCGUUACGUUGGAGAAGAAGUGUCCACUGACGCCAAGAAGCAAAAGAGGUUCCGCAAUGGCCUCAAGCCUGCGCUCAAGUACGCCCUCACUCAUGUCAAGGCUUCUACCUUCGACAAGCUUGUCAACAUUGCAGUCAAGGAAGAAACUGGGAGGUUUGCGUUUGAGGAGUCGCGUAAGCACACUCAUGAAGUUGGUGUUUCCUCAGCUCCAGCACUGACUCAGAAGCAUAGGUUGUGGGUUCCUAAUCCCGCACCACCAAGGCAAGCUACAAUGCCCGUCCAAGUUGGGUAUGCUCCCCGCCCUCCCACCCCGCAGCUAGUGCAGAGGACCUACCAACCUCCGCCUAGGCCUGCGUAUGCUGGACCAAGGCCAACAGGUCCACUUCCCGGCACAACCUGCUACAAUUGUGACCAGCCAGGGCACAUCUCCACUAACUUCCCUCAGAAGCUUCCGCCACCUCCACCACCACCUCGCUCUACUCCAACACAAGCAAUUGUUCGUGCACCAGCCCUAGCCCGUGACUUCAACAACAACAACAGGCAAGGUCCGAGGGCCGCUCGUGUGAACAACAUCAACAUUGAGCAAGCUGAGCAGGACUCUGACAUCGUUCUGUGUAACUUGCUUGUCAACUUUGUCCCUGCAAAAGUCCUGUUCGAUACAGGAGCUUCGCUUUCCUUUGUGUCUGAUAGUUUGGCUCAAAGCAAGGAGUUUUCUAUGGAAGUCUUGCCGUGUAAUCUCUUGGUUCACUCCCCCGGAGGAAAAACCAUAUCUUCGAAAGUAUGCCAUGGCAACCAAAUUCAAAUUGGAAGCCAGAUCUUCAUCGCUUCACUGAUAGUUCUCGCAAAAUCAAGCAUUGAUGUCAUUCUUGGCAUGGAUUGGUUGAAGGCUAACAAAGCUGUAAUUGAUUGCGCCGAGCAUUCAGUUUCUCUUCCUACUUCGACAUGCCAGAUAGUCUAUUCACCUUUCCAAACACCUUCCAUUCAGCUCUUCGCUUUGAAUGCUAACCCUCUUCCGGAACUUGAAUCUAUACCGGUGAUUUGCGACUUUCUAGACGUCUUUCCUGAAGAACUCCCAGGUAUGCCACCUGACAUGGCUGUUGAGUUCGUCAUCGAACUAGAACCUGGAACGGCUCCUAUCUCCAAGCGACCAUACAAGAUGGGUCCAAAUGAGUUGGCUGAACUCAAGAAGCAGCUUGAUGAGUUGCAAAAACUUGGUUUCAUUCAACCCAGCACUUCUCCGUGGGGAUGUCCCACCAUCUUCGUCAAGAAAAAGGAUAAAACUGUUCGGUUGGUUGUUGACUACCGCCCUCUUAAUGAGAAAACGAUCAAGAAUACAUAUCCUCUUCCUCGUAUGAGCGAUCUCUUCGAUCAUCUUGCGGGUGCAGUUGUGUUCUCUAAGAUGGAUUUGAGAAGUGGUUAUCACCAAAUCAAAAUCCGCAAAGAGGAUGUACCCAAAACAUCCUUCAAAACUCGCUAUGGCCUCUACGAGUACACCGUCAUGUCCUUUGGUCUCACCAAUGCUCCAGCCACAUUCUCCCGUCUAAUGAACUACAUUUUCAUGGAGUAUCUGGACAAGUUUGUGGUGGUCUAUCUCGAUGAUAUCCUCGUCUACUCCAAGUCUAGUGAAGAACAUGAAGAGCAUCUUCGCCUCGUUCUCUUGAAGCUUCGUAAACAUUGCCUCUAUGCUACGUUCUCCAAGUGUGAAUUCUAG